GGUUGUCAGAGAUAAGCUACACUACUUAUCUUGGGGGUUGCGUGCGGGGUUAUCGAUGGUAUAAGAACGUCCGUCUAGUCCAACCUCCCAGGAAUGCUAAAGAUUGUACGACAGUUUCUCAAAUAAACUCUCGAAACGAGAUGGCAGAGAUUCCACACGUUUCAAACUGGGUAAACGGCCAGUAUACCCUACCAAAGGCAUCUAAAAUCACAGUCCUCAACCCCGCAACCGAAUCCCCCCUCGCAACAAUCGACGCAACCGCCCAGGAAACCAUCAACGAGAUAGUUACCAGCUCCCUCGAAACCUUCAAAACAGCCUCGUGGCGCAAAACCGACCCUACAGACCGCUUCGCAAUCCUCUCCAAAGCCGCGACUCUCCUCCGCAGCCGCAUCAAUGAAUUCAUCGCCCUCGAAACCGCCCAGACAGGCCGUCCCAUCCGCGAGAUGCGUGCCCAACUCUCCCGUGUCCCCGAAUGGCUCGAGUAUUUUGCUUCCCUGGCUCGCGUUCACGAAGGCCGCGUUACACCCUUCAAGGGCGCCGUCAUCAACACCCUAACCCGCAUACCGCUCGGCGUCGUCGUCCUAAUAACACCUUACAACCACCCGCUCCUUAUUGCCAUGAAGAAGAUCGGCGCGGCCCUCGCAGCAGGGAACGUCGUUAUCGUCAAGCCCUCUGAGCUCGCCCCUCUCUCUGUCCUCCGUCUUGGUGCGCUCUUCCAAGAAGCCGGGCUGCCUGACGGCGUGCUACAGAUCGUCUCGGGGUACGGACGCGAUACUGGGAAAUACCUCUGCGGGCAAUCGAAGGUUGCCAAGAUUGAUCUCACAGGCGGCAUCAUGACAUACAGGGCUAUUGCACCGAUCGCUGCCCUGAAUAUGGUUCCUGUUACGGCGGAGUUGGGCGGGAAGGCGCCUGUGUGCCUGUUCCCAAGUAUGGAUGUGGCAACGGCGGUCAAAGCUGCAUUGUUCGCGGGUUUCAUUGCGAGUGGACAGACAUGUGUUACAGGCAGUCGGUUGCUUGUCCAUACGGGUUUGUAUGAUGCGUUCCGGGCAUUGUUAGAAAAACGCGUUCGGGCGUUGAGGUUGGGCGACCCGACGGAUGAAAAGACGCAGAUUGGGUCUGUUAUAUCUGCUGCGGCGGUAGAGAGGUGUGCGGCGUUUGUGUCGAGGGCUGUUGCGGAGGGUGGGAAGGUUCUAUGCGGCGGCAAUGCUACGGCGAACGCCGAGGGGAAGGGAUUCUUCUUCGAGCCGACGAUUAUCGAGACGCAUGCAACAUCGGAUCUCGCCUGCAAUGAGGUCUUUGGACCUGUUAUUGCGCUGCUAAGGUGUGAGUCUGAGGAGGAGAUUGUUCGCAUUGCCAAUGAUACAUCGUAUGCGCUGGGUGCGUCAGUCUGGACGAAAGACUUUACGCAGGCACAUCGGGUUGCUGAGAGUAUCGAGGCCGGGAUUGUGUGGAUUAAUGGACAUCAUCUGAACGAUCCAUCUUCGCCGUGGGGCGGGUUCAAGGAGAGUGGGCUUGGGAAGGAGAAUGGGAUUGAGGCGUACGAGAGUUAUACCAAGGUCAAGAGCACGGUUAUGAACUAUGGGGUUGCGCCGGUUUGGUUUGAUGAUGAGGUUUCGGGAGCGCGGUACGGAUGAGGGAGAUCGAUUUGGGUUGGAUAUAUGACAGUGACUGAGGACCUCACGGACGAGAUGGGCAGUGUGCCACCGCCGAGGCUAUUUAUCCAGCAUAUUGGGAUAUAGUACCUUCAUCUCAGUAGACUACACUCUGCAGAGUAACUUUUCUCAACGAAGUCGCGCUCUCCUUGGUAAUUCCACUAACCGGCAACUCGCGGCCGUGCCCUGCACUGCCACUGCCAGGUCAGACUUGGAGGAUGACGAGGCACUGAGGCUUUGCUCACGCCAAAGGCUGUGACGCCCUCUGCGAAAAGAUCAUCAACUAUAAGAUCGUUGUCCCCGG